UCCUACCCUAUAGGACUCAUCCUGCAGUGACGGCACUUCCAGUUCGAAGACGACUCAAACUGUUUUUUCGUUGUUUGUUUUUUUGCCGCGUUUGGUACACGCUGUGCGCGUUGCGUGUACAGACCAUAAUUAAAGUUCAAACGCGCCGAGUCAGUAGUACGCGUUCGGUUGUCGGCUACCGCGAAAGUUCAACUGCGCUGUUCGUGUGCGCCGCACACACAUGCAGGGAAGUUUCAUUUACCACCCCCAUGUACUAUCAAUUACGACGCGGUAGUAGACCGAAACAAAGUCCUAUAAGAAUAUCGUUUAAAAGAUAUUCUAAGGUAUGGAGACUGAUUACUGCAAGUUUUAUGAAAACUAUCAAUUUCACUAUCAGCUUUCCGAUAGUUGUAUUAUUAUUCCUUAUCAUACCAAUCACUCUUGUGUUCAAAUGGAUCGUGUCUUUGGCUCAUAGAAUUGCUUGUCUAGGAGUUUUAGGAAACGUAAUGACCAACAACGAAAUACGUUGGUUGGGUGGUUCUUGGCGUCAUUCUACCGUGUUCACAAUUUUCAUUCUUGACAACGAAAUGGAUUUACAAUUUUUACAACAGCUCAUCGUUAAAAAAGUAUUACCACAGUGCCCACGAUUAACUGAAAAACCGGUAGUCUUGACAAAUCUAUUUGGGAAUUCAUAUUGUUGGAUGUCUGACCGUAAUUCAUUCGAUAUUAACCAACAUGUGUUCAAAUCGUGUGAAAACACAAUGGAAAAACACGAGCUUCAAAGAUAUAUAGGAGAAUUAGUUUCUGGAGGUUUAUCAAUAGACAAACCACCCUGGGAAUUGCAUUUAUUGUCUCAACGUGAUGAAGUAAUGCCGGGAAAACGGGAUGCAGUGAUGGUAUUUCUUGCUCACCGGUGUCUAGCAGAUUGGAUAUCUUUGGCUAAAUUACUGUGCACUUGUUUGUCAGAUACAAAACCAUACUAUCAUACUUCAGAAGUAAUGGUAUUCCAGAAUCCAACAAAAAUUCGAUAUUGGACAAGUGUAGCAAGAACAAUAAUGACUGGGCCUGCAGAAAUAUUAUGGAAAAUGAUUACCCCAAUCAAUGACAAUAUAGUGACUCCAGAUCCACUAUCGUUAAAUUAUAACAUAAGUUGGUCUUGUUUUCAAGGUACUCUAUCUAAAGUAAACCGAAUUAAUCAAGUGACUAAAACUCCAAACAGCUAUGUGGUUUUGUCAGCUAUUGCCGGAUCAUUGCAUGUCAUGAUGAAAGUUAUUGGACUACAGCAAUUAGGAAACAUGAAUAUUGUUUACCCUGUGCAAACAGGGAACACUGAUCACUCGUCACCGGUUCUCAUUCGUUUACCAAUAGGCAUUGAAGGUGCCAUACCAAGAUUGUGGUUUACUAAGAAAGCAAUGCAAAAUAUGUAUCGGUCGGAUCAAGCUUUAUUGCCAGCAAUAGUUUCUUUAUUAAUGCCACUUCAUUCUUCGGGGACCAGAACACUGUUAUCUGGACUCACAGAUAAUUUGGCCUGCUUACAGUUUAGUUGGAUAUCUGGCCCAAGGUCAAGAAUUAUAAUCAAAGGAUCUCCAUUAAAAACAGUUUACUCUGUAUUGCCGUCUCAACAGACUAUUGGUGUUUCAGUUUCAGUAUUUACAUACACCGAUGAUAUAUUUAUUAGUGUUAGUGCAGACAGUGCGAUUGGUGAAGGGUUUGGUGAAACUUUAUUGCUCAACAUAAAACGUCAAAUUGACCAGAUGUAUGAGCUAUUGAGAUACAGAAGAAUACCAAAGGAUUUAAAGAGCAAUUUUUUAAUAUCAAAUAAUUUUAAAGAUUUAUCGUCAAUAAAUAUUGAAGGGCUUAUAGAGAAAAUGAAAGAUAUUCAGUUACAACUACAAAUGGCUAAAGAACUAGGUGUCUAUAGCGAUGACGGAAUAAGACAUGUAAAUCAGUUAAAAGGCGAGUACUCGGUAUUACUUCGAGAACUACGUAAAAGGAAACACAAAAAUAAAAGACGUAUUUUACAGAAAAUGUUGGGAUGUUCAAAUCCCUUUAAGUCUAAGUUAAGUUGUGAAAAAGAAGAAAUUAAAUCAUUACAAUCUACAAGAAAAUUACAAGAAGCAACUAAUAUAUUUGUCGCACAAUCUGCUCAAGAUUACCGUCCUAAAAUACAUAUUUGUAGGAGUACUGUUUAUGCUAAAGACAAUUUUUUAGGAUUAUCUAAAUUACCUAGGGAACAACUGCUCACUCAGAUCUAAAUGGUGUUUCAGAUUUUGAAUUAUUCUAUGUGUAAUAGGAUUGAACAUCUUUUAGUCUGUGCUUCCUUAGCUCAGAUAUUUUUUCUUAAAUUGAAGGGCUAACUCUUUAAAAGACUUAUCUAAUUUACUUUUGAGUUUUUACCAUUAUUCUGUAAAACAUUUUUGACGUAUUUCUAUGAAUAAUGCAAAUCAUUUAAUAGCGUAUUGUCAACUAAUAAAAGUAUAUGUAAUUUGAUGGCACAAAUUCCUUGAAAAUUUUAGGUAUAAUUUCAUUAAAUUUUUAAUUGUGCACAUAAAAUUUAGAUUCUUCUCAGUAGGUUUAAAAUUGCAAUAAUUGCAUUAAUUAUAUGGUAUCUUAUUAGUGCACAAAAUACAAUUAUAUAAAAUAUUUUUAAAAAUUUAAAUGUUAUGACUUCCACUAUAUGUACUAAGUAGGAUAUUAAAACCAAUCAAACGAAAAUGCUCAGAUCUUGAAUUAUUGUUAUUUAACACCAAUAGUUAAAUUGUAUUUAAAAACUUUUAUCUAAUUUAAUUUUCAAAUAAAAAAUAGAAUACAUAAUUCAUUGUAUAAUAAGGGUACUUUGAUAAUAUAUUAUACUUAUGGUUUGCUUUAUGUAAUGUUUCUAUUUAAAUUAGGUCUCUUAUAUAUAUUAGGUAUUAUAUAUUAAAUUGAAAACAAAUUUAAUAUUUUAAAUUUUGAAAUAUAUUAUUUUGGUAUCUAAUGUUUCCUAUUAGAUUAUAAUAUAUUAACUUAAUUAACUGUUCAUUUUUGAGGAGUCCUCGAGAUAAUCAUUCAUUAUAGGUACGUAUUAAUUAUGUGUAUUAUAGGUGCCUAUUUAUAUGUAAGAUUAAAUCUUGUUAUUAAUUAGUUUACAUUAUUAUUUGUUUCAUAUAAAUUAAAUCUGCACACGUAGUGCAUAGUGUUUUAAACAACACUUUAAAUGUAAAAAUCAACUAGUCAAAGUCUAAAAAUUGGGGAUCAAUAUCUAUUAAAUAUUUAAUGUAGGUAGAUAGUAUAAAUUGACCUAUAUAGUAUUAAUAUACCUCUGUAAUAACAUGUUAAUUGUUAUAUAAUUGUAGUAAUUUAUAAGCGUUUAUUACUUACUGCGUUAAGAAAAAUAUAGGAAAAAUGUGAUAUUAUGUUAAAUAUAAUAUAAUAUAUAUAUUAUAACUUUAUAAGCCAUAAGGUCCCUCCACGGACAAACAAUGCAAUAGGUAUAAAAAUGUUUUUUUUUUUUUAUAAUUAUAUUUUACAGUUGUUAAAUAUUUAAAUAAAUUUAAAUUACCUAUACGUCUUUGUUAAAAAUAUGAAUCUUAUGACUAUAUUAUACUUUUGAAAAAAAUUUAUACAUGUAUAUUUUCUGUUAUAUAAAAUAUUAUAUUAUCUAUCUAAAUAAACUUCUUGGUACCAAUGUGAUUUGUCCAUAAAUAAAUGAAUAAAAUUGCUUAUAAUGCAACCAUGUUUGAAA